CCGACAUUUUUUUUCUUUAGGAGUAGAGUUCGUUCGACACAAAGGUGGGGGGAAAAAACGAGGCAAAACAUUUCGAUGGAUAAGUCAGCGUCAUUAAGCUAGCUAAUUUUUAAAUAAUAUAUAUAUAUAUAGCUUGCUCUCAUUCGACAUGUCUGAAAGAAGACUCGCAAAGUUUUCAGAAGUGGAGCAGGGUAAAAACCCCGGAGACAUCCAUAGGAUUCAUGCCGUAAUGGAUUUUGUUAGAGGAAAGUCUCACGGGCUAAACAUUGGAUAUCUUGGUUUGGAUUUUGUAACCCAUGAAUAUUGCUCGGGUGGAGACUUUUAUGACAGUGACUAUGAAGAUCACCAUGGUAGAAAGUCAUACUGUGGAUUUUCCAGAAACUUCUUAUCCAACUCAAGUUCUUCAUACCAACCCACCUCUCUGCAUUACAAUCAACCACCUAAAGCAGCCUCUAAACCAUCUCCAGAUCAUCCUGCCGUGAGAGCUCUUGAGGCGUUGAAAGAGUACCGAAAGAGCAAAGUCAAGGCUGAAAAGAAGAAGAUUAAGAAAAUUAAACAAAAAGAAAGAAGACUGCUUGAGAAGUUGGAGAAAGAAAAACAGAACCCAGUGACAGAAGUCAAGCUUGAAGCAGAGAGUAAAGUAAAUGAAAGUGAGUGUAACAAGACUAGUACCAGCACUGAAGGGGCUCUCGCUCAGGGCCUGCAGGACUUGUCUGUUACUGAUAGCGGAGACAGCAGCGUAGAGUCCAGCGACGCCGGGGAGGAGAGUGAAGAGGAGAGCAUACACAGUGACUCGGAGGAACUGCAGCUGGAUAUGACCAGCAGUUUUGUAUCCAAGGCUGCUGCAAUAGCAAAGCGUCAACUUGAACAGAAGCCUAGGCCAGAACGGAAGGAGAAAAAGAAAACCAGUCAACCGAAGGAGAAACCAAAUAAAGAAAUGAAAGAUAUACAAAAGAAUUCUCCUGUACCCAACACUGAGGAUAUAGUUAAAAAGAGUACAGAGCUGGCUGUAAUUGGUAAUCAGUUUGCCAGCAGUGGACAUUUUGACAUGGCUGUUAAGUAUUUUACGGAUGCAAUUAAGUACAACCCUGCAGAGUUUAGGCUGUUUGGCAACCGGUCCUUCUGUUAUGAGAAGAUCCAGGACUAUGAGAAAGCCUUGGCUGAUGCGGAGUUAGCCCUCAACAUGAGUCCUGGCUGGGUCAAAGGCCUCUACAGAAAAGGCAGAGCUCUGGCAGGGUUGAAGAGAUACGAUGAAGCCGCCCAGGCCUUAAAGGAAGUGCUGCGGUUGGACAGCUCCUGCGCCGAUGCCGCCCAGGAACUUAUGAGGGUCCAGAUUACACAGCUAAUGGGGUUUGGCUUUUCCCGGGAACAGUGCUCAAAUGCCUUAAUAAUUCACGGGAAUGUGGAGAAAUCACUUGAGGCACUGUCCAAAAUAUCUGGAAUCCUCUAUAAUGGCAGUUAUCCAACUGCAAGUGUUACCUAUCCUGCCAAAGUGGACUGUGUCUACAGCACCUCUACAACAUCAGAGUUCCCCUCAGCUGCAAAACCUCAUCAGGCCCAGCAUUCACAAAGCCUCCAGAACAGACCCAAGACCAACACCCCCAUAAGGACCAUGUCGGAAAACUUUCCUGUAGAAACUAAAUUAUACCCUAUUUGGGUUGGAAACUUGGUCCCUUCAGCAACGGAGGCUAUGAUUAUAGAGAGAUUUGAGGGAGCUGGGAAAAUCCAUAGUAUUAAGCUUCUGCGCUCCAGACGAUGUGCUUUUGUUAACUACUUGGACCCAGACUGUUGUGAGAUUGCUUUGACUUUUCAUGGGAUGGAGCUCAAUGGGUCCAAGAUCUUAGUGCGCUACCCCGACAGGAACCCAACAAACCUGGGCAUAGCCAAGGACGCCCAGAAAGCUCACGACCUGCCUUCCCAUAGCACAAAGGAGUGCUUCUUCUGGAGGAACCUGGGCUGCAACAGGAGGCCAAACUGCCCCUACAGGCACAUCCCAGAACACCAUGGUGUUGACAAGGGGAAGACCUCUGCCCAGUGAACCCGUCAACUUCAACUGGCCCACAGUCAAAAUCAUGACUUAGCGCUGCUGAAGAGGCUACUCAUUCGGGAUUUUAGAUGGUUCAUAUUAUGCUUUGAAGCAGUGAUUCCCAAACAGUACACACAAUUUUGUAUUGAGGCUAUUUCCUAGCUGGAAUUAAAAGUCUUUUUGGAGGCCAAAAAUGUUUGGUUUUAUGUACACGGUUUAUUUUAAAGAUGUAAAUUGGUCAAGGAACUUAGGUGUUUUUAGAACAGACAAUCUUGUUUGGCACCUUUUUUUCCCCCUACCCUGUCUACACCAAAUGUUAGCUCUUGCUAAAGCCCACAUAAUAUAAUAAAUAUAAUAUAUGCCAUUUAGCAGAUGCUUUUAUCCAAAGCGACUUAGUCAUGUGUGCAUACAUUCUACGUAUGGGUGGUCCCGGGGAUCGAACCCACUACCCUGGCGUUACAAGCGCCAUGCUCUACCAACUGAGCUACAGAAGGAUGGAUCAUAUUAGAGAAAUGUCACUAAUGACAUUGAUUUAUCAUUGUAGUCGGUGAUUUUCUAUGUUGCCUGCUAAUGAUGAAUGUUGGUCCACAUAAACGUAUGUUGGGAUCGUGUCACAGCUAAUAAGUCAAGUAAUUCUGUGUUAAUCAUUAACUGGUACAAAUCAUUUCCUGACGCUUUAUCUUAUUUUUCUUCGUAUUCCUGUAAUUGCGGUCUUCUAGUCUCAUAGUUUCAAUGUAACUUCAACCCCCCCUCCCAAAUAAAUGGACUACUUUGCAUCAACGUGGAAAACUGAUUUCAUUGGCAUAAUCUCGUCACUGUAGGGCAUUUUUUUUUUAAAAUCUAAAUUUAAUGACAUGGUGAUUUCACGUAGAAUUUGUGCUGUUUGACAACUGAUAUCUGGUAAAUCAAAACUAGCCAUUGAACUGACAUCUGUGCCCAGUGGCUAGUAGUUUCAAAUGUUAUAUUUUUCUUUUGUACUGAUCAGUAAACCUGGCGGUCUAUGGUGAAAAUGUAACAUUACAAAAAAAAUCUUCAUUUGAACGUCUUCGGUUGAAUUGGUUCAAUAAAAUACAUCUCGCUUGGUAA